AUGCAGAUCUUAGACAGUCCAGUGGCGCGCAGACUUGCUAGUGUGAAAAAUGUCAUUAUCGUCCUGGCUGGCAAAGGUGGGGUGGGAAAAUCAUCCGUUUCGACACAGUUGGCCCUCUCACUUUAUGCGCACGGUCCAAGCGCUCGGGUGGGAAUACUAGAUAUAGAUCUUACUGGGCCGUCUAUUCCCCGCAUGCUUGGCGUGGAUGGGCAUAGCGUUCACCAGAGCACGGAUGGAUGGGUUCCAGUGUAUGCCGACGGGCCCGAACGGCGACUUGCUUGUAUGAGCGUUGGAUUCCUAUUGAAAGGAAAAGGAGAUUCGGUUGUUUGGCGUGGUCCAAAGAAGAAUGCUAUGAUUCGCCAGUUUCUUAGUGAUGUUAAAUGGGGAGAUCUUGACUACCUUGUCGUAGAUACGCCGCCUGGAACAUCGGACGAACAUCUAUCGCUCAUGGAACACCUUGCACCUCUUCAUCCCCACCUUUCCUCGAUAAUCGUGACAACUCCACAGGCUGUCGCUCUAGCGGAUGCCUUGAAAUGUCUGUCAUUCACUCGAAACGUCAACCUGCCCGUCCUAGGCUUGAUAGAGAAUAUGAGUGGAUACGUUUGUCCAUGCUGCGGGAAAGUGAGCAAUGUUUUCAGUACUGGUGGUGGAGAAGCCAUGGCACAGCGCGAGUCGCUUAAUUUCUUGGGGGCGUUGCCGAUUGACACGAAUCUGGUUUCUUUACUUGACCAUGAAGAAGCUGACUCGAGUUCGACGGAGGAAAGAGAGAUCAAUGCUAACGCCGAACCCGUUGCUUUUCCCUUACUGGAACGUUACAAAGAAACCGACACGUUUCCACUGUUUCAGACAAUGCUUGAGAGGACUUUAUUGCGCCUGACUUCUGCUUCGACCGAUCAAAAUCCACCUCCUUAG